UGUUUAUUUAACAGGAAUUCAUCUUGCUUUUUGUGCCAUGUUGUACCGAGCUGAAUGAAUGCUUACAACGAGAAUGUUGCACUGGCAGAACUCGAUUGAAAGAUGGGAAAAAAGAAACAUGCAGGCUGACACCGCAGCACAGGAUAAACACCCCGCUGAUCGCGAAAUAAAACGAAACCUGCAUAGUAUACAUGAUACCCCGAGGACGCAAGGCGGCGGGUAUACAGGGGUGGCUCGUGCGCGACUUCAAUCGAAUUGGGCGUCUUCAAUCACAAGGCACCUGAGAAUGAAGGCGCGUUGGACAGCCCCAAAACCACAGUCCAAAACACCUCAACCAGACAUCGAUAGCAAAACAAACAUACAGCCACUGGGCCAAACAGGAAAAAGAUGACCAUUGGCAACACAGGCCUGCCAGCCCGCCGCCCAAGAUGCGUCGCACGUACAACAUCGUCAUGGUCAGCGACUUCUUUUUCCCGCAGCCCGGCGGUGUUGAGAGCCACAUCUACCAGCUCUCGACCAAGCUGAUGGACCGUGGCCACAAAGUCAUCAUCAUCACCCAUAAUUACGAGGGCCGCAGCGGCAUCCGCUACCUGACCAACGGCCUCAAGGUUUACCACGUGCCCUUUCUCGUCAUCUACCGCUCCGCCACCUUCCCCACCCUCUUCUCCUUCUUCCCCAUAUUCCGCAACAUCGUGCUCCGCGAGCGCAUCAACAUUGUCCAUGGCCAUGCCAGCCUCAGCAGCCUGUGCCAUGAGGCCAUCCUGCACGCCCGCACCAUGGGCCUGCGCACCGUCUUCACCGACCACUCGCUGUUUGGCUUUGCGGAUCCCGCUAGCAUUCUCACCAACAAACUUCUCAAAUUCACUUUGAGUGAUGUAGACCAUGUUAUAUGCGUCAGCCAUACCUGCAAGGAGAAUACCGUGCUGCGAGCCUCUCUGGACCCUUUAAUGGUCUCGGUAAUACCUAACGCGGUGGUUGCGGAGAACUUUAGGCCACUGAGCCAGGUGUCGGAUGCGCCGCUCAGACCCGUGCCAGGAUCGCCUACAAAAGCCCACGUUGGAACGGCGGCGGCGUCAGGCACGGCCAGUGGCAGCGGGCGGCAGACGGACCCGAGCCCCCAGUGGCCGCGGAACCCGCCCGGCCCCAACGACACCAUCACCAUCGUCGUCAUCUCCAGGCUCUUCUACAACAAGGGCACGGACCUGCUGACGGCGGCGAUCCCUCGCAUCUUGGACAACCACCCCAAAACGCGCUUCAUCAUCGCGGGCUCGGGGCCCAAGUCGAUCGACCUGGAGCAGAUGAUCGAGCAGAACGUGCUGCAGGACCGCGUCGAGAUGCUCGGCCCCGUGCGGCACGAGGACGUGCGCGACGUCAUGGUGCGGGGGCACAUCUACCUGCACCCGUCGCUGACAGAGGCCUUUGGCACCGUCAUCGUCGAGGCGGCCAGCUGCGGCCUGUACGUGGUGUGCACGCAGGUCGGCGGCAUCCCCGAGGUGCUGCCGAGCCACAUGACGGUGUUUGCGCGCCCGGAGGAGGACGACCUGGUGGCGGCGACGGGCAGGGCCAUCGCGGCGCUGCGGUCCGGGCGCGUCCGCACCGAGCGCUUCCACGAGCAGGUCCGGUCCAUGUACUCGUGGACCAACGUCGCCAUGCGCACCGAGCGCGUCUACGACGGCAUCUCGGGCGCCAUCUCGGAGGCCGAGUUCUACGGCCACGACGGCGUGGCCGCGGCCGCCGAAGGCUGGAGCGCCACCAGGGGCCGGUCCGGCGUCCAGAGCUUUGCUCUCAUCGACCGCCUCAAGCGGUACUAUGGCUGCGGUAUAUGGGCGGGGAAGCUGUUCUGCCUCUGUGUCGUGCUGGACUAUCUGCUCUUCCUCUUCCUCGAGUUCUGGUACCCGCGCGAGAACAUCGAUAUUUGCCCCGACUGGCCGCGCAAGGAGCUUGAGGAGGCGAGUCAUAAACAGGAGCGAUCACACAGCUAACUUGGGGGUAACCACCUGAGAUGACGAUGUGGGAUUAUCGUUGCGGCUGUUUCUUUUGUGGGGGGGUCAUACUAGGAGGAUUGCCCCAACGACUAAUGGCCUGUAUGGAAAGAAUACGUGGGAAUGCGUACCUAACAGUAUGGUAGGCUUCGCGGCAAGGCCUUGGAUAAGGCGGCCUUGCCGGACAGCGAUAGAGUUUUAAUCAGAGAAUACAUGGAGUGCACGUG